UGACUUUCUUCCAGCUGGUGUUUUUUAAAAAUAUCCUAACUCAGGAGUUUCCCAUAGUGAAAACGAGAAACAGACAGAGAACAGUAAAUUAAAGUCAAGCAACAGUCUCACUUGGAGUAGGACAUACAAGUGCCAAUGGUACGGGAACAAUAUACCACUGUAACACAGGACAUCGACCUAGACAGGACAGAAAACAAAUAUGUCUACAAAAUUGGGAUUUAUGGCUGGAGAAAACGUUGCAUCUAUCUGUUUAUCCUCCUACUGAUCAUCAUUCUGAUUGUCAACUUUGCUCUGACAGUCUGGAUCCUUAAGGUUAUGUGGUUUUCUCCUAGUGGAAUGGGACACUUACUUGUUACACAAAAUGGACUUCGGCUGGAGGGAGAAUCUGAAUUUUUGUUCCCAUUGUAUGCCAAAGAAGUUCACUCAAGAGAGGACUCAUCUCUGCUUCUGCAUUCUCCACAAAAUGUUACUAUAAAUGCACGUAACGAUACUGAAAAUGUGACUGGAAGAUUAACAGUAGGGCCUACAGAUGUAGAAACUCAUGGACAGCACUUUAAGCUAAAUUCCAACAGAGGGAAAAUGUUGUUCUCUGCUGAUGAGACAGAAGUGGUCAUAGGAAGUGAUAAGCUUCGCAUUACAGGGCCAGAAGGUGCUAUUUUUGAACAUUCUGUGGAAACACCACUUGUAAGGGCAGAAACAUUUAAACAGCUUAGACUGGAAUCUCCAACCCGUUCUUUGAGCAUGGAUGCACCAAAUGGAGUUCAAAUAAAAGCACAGACUGGAGGCAUUGAAGGCAGUUCACAGAUGGAUGUCCUAUUACACACUAUUGAAGGGAUGAUUAUGUUAGAUGCAGAGACAGUGAGACUGCCCAAGUUGCCUUUGGGUAAGCAAGAUGGAUCUGGAGAUCUACAGAAACUUUAUGAAGUUUGUGUCUGCCCAGAUGGAAAAAUAUAUUCAGCAGCAGCAAAUGUGAGAUCCAUGUGCCAAAAAUAUAACCACAUUUGCCAUUAAAGGACUCUUCUAAAGCUUCAUACAUUUCACCAGAUGUUUACGAUUUCUUUAGGCUGUGCCCAGUCAAAACUGCUAUAUGUCACAACUUCAGCAAAAUUUAUGUUGUUUUUCUUUAAUGUGAAGUCUUUUUAGGGAUAUAUAACCUGCAGUUUUGCUUUCAAUUACAGUUUACUCAGAAUAUACAUUGCUUGUUGAUAUAGAUGACCAUAUAGCUGUAUGAAGUAAAGAUUUUAAAAAUGGUUAAAAGUAGAUGGUACAUAAAAAAUGAUAAUUAAACCACUGUGUAAAAGAAAUGUAAUCACAUCACUAAAUUCAAAGUGUUAUAAGGAUAAAUUGCUUCUGAUAGUUUCAAGUAGUCUCAGUAAGCACACACAGAACUCAAUAAUUAAAAUAUUACUUUUCUUACAAGAUAUGUAUGGCAGAAUGUUCAUGAAGAACAAAUAUUGCAUCUUGGUAAAAUCAAACAGCAAAAAAAAAAAAAAAAAAUUCUAUACA